AUGCCUGAGACAGUUGACAAAGAUAAGACCUGGGAGUGGACCAGGAAAGGUGACUUGAAAGUUGAAACUGGAACACUGAUUUUUGCAGCCCAAGAACCGGCACUGAGAACAAACUAUGUUAGGUUCAAUAUAGACAAGUCCAUGGAUUCCUCGCUUUGUAGGUUGUGUGGCCAAAAGGCAGGAGCACCCAACUACGGUUUUCUCCAAAAUACGUUGAAAACACUUUUUAGGUCGUAUCCAGAGUACUUUUGGAUCUAUAGGAAUGCAUUCUAAUUGUAGGGGCACUACACAAUUUUUAUCUGUUCGGUCAUGCUAGGGGAACUUAAGUCCUUUCGAAAUUACAAGGGCUUCAGUAUUAUUUUCCCGAUUAUACUACUACAUAAGAAAUUACUACAAUUUGAUUGGCUUAAAGCAGUGGUAUUUCAGCUUAAUUUGAAAUACCUACAUGUGAAAAUUACAAACCUUUUGCGGGUAGUAGUAUAAACAAAUAAUAGCAUGAUUUGUACGUGANACUACAAUUUGAUUGGCUUAAAGCAGUGGUAUUUCAGCUUAAUUUGAAAUACCUACAUGUGAAAAUUACAAACCUUUUGCGGGUAGUAGUAUAAACAAAUAAUAGCAUGAUUUGUACGUGAUAUUUGGCAUAAAUACCACUAGUGAUAUUUCCAAAUUGUCUCAAAUUUCACUCGCCGAACGGCUCGUGAACUAGUAACGUAUAACAAUUUCGAAAUAUCACUCGUGGUAUUUAUGCCAAAUAUCACUACAAAAUCAUGCUAUUACCUAUACAAAUUUUAGGUGCAAUCUAACGUUUUAUAUUUUUUACGAAAGUGAGAAUUUUUCUGAUUCCUCUCUCCUCCACAUUUUAAAGUCCGAAAAUUUUAGGUUUCCUUUUUCUUAGAAAAAUAGUGUAAGCUGAGUUGUAAAAUAUGAAAACUUAAACUUCAGAAAAUCAUAGGGAGUUUAUUAGAUAAGCUUUGAAAAUUGUACAUAUUGAAUAGAACGUUCAUCUAGAAAUUUUUAGCCGUCCUCAAGCAAAGGAAAAUUCUAGGCAAUAUUUGCUUCUUCGAAGACAUACUUUACAGAAAACAGUCGUUGGGUGCCCCUGAAAAGGUUGAAACAAUAAAUCAUAUAAUAACCGAGAGUCAGUUUGGCGCAGAAAUAGUACAAGAGAAGACAUGACAACAUUGCCAGGUUGGCCCAUUGGAAGUUCUGCUGUAAGUAUGACUUGAACAAAAGUGAG